CGAUUGCGUAUUGUGCACAUGCGAAGUGUGUUACGCAAGAUUAUAUCCAUGUAGUUCAGCUGUAAAGUAUGACGAUUCAGUUUUAUAGCACGUUUUAUUGUAUUUCUUAUGUAAUGUAAAAAAUACCACAAGUAUUUGCAGUAAUUUAUAUUUAACCACAACAUGACGUGAAUUAAAGGAAAUUGAGGUUAUGUCAGAUUCCUAAAUAUUAUUUACAACUAAUAAAACACGAAACUAUGAUAAUGAUGCGAUUGUAUCAACAAUUAUUUGGACGUGGGAAAUGUUUAAAAUUUUACCUGCAAUUUAAUCAAAGAAAAUGUGUUGUAAACUACUCUUGCAAUACGGUUCAUACUAUGUCUUGCAUGUAUGAUAAACAUAAUUAUGAAAAUGAUAAAACACCAAAGCAAAAGAAAUUAAAGUCAAUUAAGAUCUUAUCAAAUAUAGGUGAUGAAACAACAGAAUUUGUUAAAGCAGCAAAUGUUCAGUCAAAACAAAAACUCACAUUUGAAAAAUUAGUAAAUAAUUCUCCACCUAAAAUAAAACCAUACCUGAAACUCAUAAGACUGGAUAGACCAAUAGGAUCUUGGUUAUUAUUUUGGCCAUGUGGUUGGAGUAUAGCCAUGGCAGCAGCACCAGGUGCCUUACCAGACCUUCGACUUUUAUCUCUUUUUGGAAUGGGUGCAUUCAUCAUGCGUGGAGCAGGAUGCAUCAUAAAUGAUAUGUGGGAUCAAGAUAUUGAUGGAAUGGUAGCCAGAACAAAAGAUAGACCAUUGGUUACUAGGGAAAUUUCACCCCUACAAUCAUUGAUUUUCCUUGGAAGCCAAUUAACUUUGGGAUUGCUUAUAUUGUUGCAACUAAAUCUUUAUAGUAUUAUAUUGGGUGCAAGCUCACUAGUCUUAGUAAUAGUAUAUCCAGUUAUGAAAAGAGUAACAUAUUGGCCACAAUUGAUCCUUGGUAUGACUUUUAACUGGGGUGCUCUUUUGGGUUGGUCUGCAGUGCAUGGUUCAUGUAAUUGGUCUGUAUGCUUGCCACUUUAUACUGCUGGAAUUUGUUGGACACUUUUAUAUGAUACUAUAUAUGCACAUCAGGAUAAAGUGGAUGAUGUUAUAGUAGGCAUAAAAUCAACAGCUUUAAAGUUCGGAAAUAAGACUAAACUUUAUUUAUCUGGAUUCAGCACAAUUAUGAUAACAGGGUUACUUGCAUCAGGUAUAUUAACUGCACAGACUUGGCCAUAUUACACAGCAGUAGGAUUAGUUGGUACACAUCUUGUUAAUCAGAUUUAUAGUUUGAAUAUCAACAAUCCUGCAGACUGUGCCAAAAAAUUCAUCUCUAAUCACAGGAUAGGAAUGAUUCUCUUUGCAGGAAUUAUUUUAGGGAAUCUCAUAAAAGAUACUAAAUGUAAAAAAGAUGACAAUAUCGUGCAAAAAUCAGAAAACGAAUUUACUUUUAUCAAAGAAAAGCAACAGUAGUUGCAUCGCUAUUAUAAAUGAUUAUUAAAUAUAUGAACUGAGAUACUACAGAGGCAAAUUAUAUGUAAUAGACAGAAGGCACGAGGUAAAUAACUGGCUGGUUCCAGUAAAUUAAAGAAUUACAUAGUUUUAAUUAUAUGUUAGGUGCCAUAAAACAAUUAUUAAUUACAAUCUUUACCAAGGUGUCUUUAGUAUCAUUGACAAUUCAACUCGUUGGAUUAAUUUAAAUAAAAAUAAUUUUUAUUUAAUACUAUUCCAAAUUUAUGAACUGAAAGGUACACCAAAGAUUACAGCAGUGUAGAUAGUUAAAACAGUUACUGGAACUACUGUUCUGAAAUAUUGAUUAUAAUAGACAAAAAUAUAAGUAAAUGUUUUUAUGUAUAUAGUACAUAUUGAAGGUUUAAAUGAAAUGAUAUAAUAUUAUUUAACCAAAUGAAAUCAAUUGGAAAUAAGAUUAUAUAAUGUAAUUUGGUUUUCACUAUAGUAAGUAAUUAAAUUUUCUUAUUUAUUAUUUUUAGGUCAUUUUUUAAUAAAGUAUUUGAUGUGCAUAUUUCUGAUAUUUCCAAGUGAUUUGUAGUGCUUCCUCGCUCUAGCAUCUUCAAGUCAUAUUGUUCUUGAGUUAAUAAGGAUUCCUUCAUUUUGUCUAAAAGUUUUAUAUUUGGCAGUAUUAUAGCUAAGUAACCUGCUCUAUGUGGAGGUUCCAACAAGAGCUUAGGAUUUUGUAUUAGUGCUUCAUUUACUUCUACCAAUUUGCCAAUUAUACAACAUUUUAUAACAUACGUUUUUUUGUUUGAACAAGUAAUUAUGCAAAUAUUAGAAUUCAUUUGUAAAGGUUGAGCACCAUGUUUACUUUUACCAGAAACUUUAUUCUGAACUCUAUCUAAUUUAUUGCUAACUUUGAAGUCUACUUUUAUUAUAUGUUUAUCAUCUUGAAGAAUUGCAUGACUCGGAGCAAGAGUAAGCAUGCAAAUUCGGUUACUAUGCAUUAAAAUACAAAUGUCAUCUGCGGGACUUUGUACAUCUAAUUUAUAAUAAGCCGUAAAAUAUCGAUCUGUAAUUGUAGGAAAUGAUCCAUGAUAUUUUACUCCUUCCAACAUGUCUGAAACAUCAUUGUCAGGAGGAAAUGGAAAUAAACUAUCAUCAUCAUCUUUA